UUCUUUUUUUUUUCAGUGGUUUGAUGUACAAGGGUGACUAUUCUGUUAGGAGGGUACCAGAAGUUGUCGCCCAUUCUGGGUAUGCACUGAUCCAUUUUUACAGCGAUGUAGCCUAUAACAUGUCAGGAUUUAAUAUAUCUUAUAGGUUAAAUUCCUGUCCAAGUCGUUUAGCUGGGCGGAACUGCUCUGGGAAUGGGGUUUGCAUAGAUGGAGUUUGCACCUGCGAUGCCAUGUAUACUGGUGAAGCAUGUGAUCUACUCAUUUGUCCAAACAAUUGUUCAUAUAGCAAUGGAGAGUGUGCUAGGGACCAACAUCGGUGCCUUUGUGGGCCAAAGUAUAAAGGAGAAGAUUGUUCUCAAGUAGGUGAUUUAGGAUAUUGGGAAGUAAUACGACCUCGUGGCAUCCUUCCAAACGGGUCUGCUUCCCAUACUGCUUCCGUCUGGCGGGACUCAUUGCAUAUAAUAGGUGGUGAAUCAUAUGGAACUGCUGGCAUGAUUUAUACUUACGACUUUACAGGAAAUGUUUGGGAGACAUACCAUUCAACAGACAGCAAAACUACCCCCACACCCCGAUAUGGUCAUUCUGCUGUGAUAUUUGGGGACAAAAUAUACAUAUAUGGUGGUGUAAAGAGCGGUGGAGUUGUUUGUAAUGAAUUGUGGGCCUUUGAUGUAAGUGCUAAAUCAUGGGAAAACAUAACUGUUCGAGCUGAACCUUGCAAUUCCAGCUCAUUGUGUGGUCCCUUGAAGUCUGCUGGUCAUACUGCAACGCUAGUCACAAGUAAAAGAAGCAUUGAAAAAAUGAUUGUCAUUUUUGGUCAUUCUCCUACUUAUGGCUACCUUAAUACUGUUCAAGAAUACCACUUUGGAACACGCGAAUGGAGCAUUGUGAAAACUCAUGGCUUUCCAGUGAAGGCCAGGUAUGGUCAUUCUGCUGCUUGGGACCCACUGACAGAACAAAUCUACGUAUAUGGCGGCUAUACAUCAGAGGCUCCUGCUUCUCCGCUCCUGUCGAAUAGGCUAUACUCAUAUAAUCCUUCAAGAAGGGAAUGGACUCUGCUCAGUUCAGCCCCGUCAGCUCGAUUUCUCCACUCAGCUACAUUCCUUGAUGGUUUGAUGAUUGUGUUCGGUGGAAAUGCACAUAAUGAUACCUCCUCAUCAUCAGGAGCAAAAUGUUAUUCUGCAGAGGCUCUUACUUACGAUGUUGCUUGUGACUCUUGGGCGACUCUUCAACUUCCAACUCAGCUAAGGGCAGACAUUGCCAGGUUUGGUCACUCAUCAGCUGUGUUUAAUUCAUCCUUAUAUAUCUAUGGAGGGUUCAAUGGGCAAAUGCUGAAUGACAUUUUGAAGUACACUGGUGGAAGUUGUUACAACCUUACACUUCCCAUGUGCCUCAACACUCGCCCUGGAGUCAAAUGUGUUUGGGAGAAGAAAAUCAGGCAAUGUGUUCCGAUCACUGAAGUUUCUAAGGCAAUCCUAGUUGACACACACUGGGAUAAGGAUGAAGCUUAUUAUGUCCGAUGCCCAGGUGAAAGGAGGUCGAGUAUUGCAGCAAACAUCAUGGCUUGCUCUCAGCUUGAAGACUGUGUUUCGUGUGUCCACACGUCUUUGGGAUGUGGUUGGUGUCCUCAUGCAAACGUUUGCUCUCAUGACAUUGUUUGUAAAAAACCUGUGCCCAACAGUCAAGCAUUUACCACUGAAAGAGCAGUUACUCUUGGUUCUGAGUGUCCUGUUGUAAAGGGAGCAUCAUGUCAUGUCUACCACAGCUGUCAAACUUGUUCUGUUCAACCUGAUUGCGUUUGGACCACUUAUGAGCAUUGCGUUGCAAAUGAUUCUUUGGUGGAAGGCCCGGAGCAACCUGUUCAGAAAUGUGGUCCUAUAUGUUCAGAACUCAAUUCUUGCCUGAAUUGUACGAAUGAAGAGUGUAUUUGGUGUCAUAAUGAAGGUAGAUGCGUCGACAAAACAGCAUACACUGCCAGCUUCCCUUAUGGCCAGUGCAGGGAAUGGACUACAAUCCGAAACAGAUGUCCAGUCUCCCCAGGUGAAUCAGCCUGCAUGUCUCAUAAGUGGUGUUCCGAAUGUAGGGAUGCUCCGGAAUGUGGAUGGUGCGAUGAUGGAACAGGCACUGGAAAAGGAGUAUGUUUGCAAGGUGGUAAUAAUCCUCCUUCUAGCUGCCCUAAGAAGCAUUGGUACUUCACGCAUUGUCCAAGCUGCCAGUGUAAUGGUCACAGUACCUGUGUGAACAACAGCAGUGUUUGCGUCCAGCCCUGUGGUAACUUAACUUCUGGGGACCACUGCGAAACUUGUAUCCCUGGAUAUUAUGGCAACCCAGUUAAUGGAGGAAACUGUACACGCUGUGAAUGUAACAACCACGGAAGCCAUUGUUUCCCUGAUACUGGUAAAUGCUACUGUACAACAAAAGGUAUUAUUGGAGAUCAUUGUGAGAAGUGUGAUACUCAAAAUCAUUAUCAUGGAGAUCCUACCAAUCAUGGCUCCUGCUUCUAUGACCUAACUAUUGACUACCAGUUUACGUUUAACUUAUCAAAAAAAGAUGAUCGCCAUUACACGCAGAUUAACUUUAAAAAUAGUCCACCCAAGGCUGAUAUUGAUGCUGAUUUCAGUAUUACAUGUUCUGUUUUAGCUAAAAUGAACAUUACUAUUAAAACUGUUAACCAGCCUGAGAAGCCUCUUUUGACAGGUCAUAACUGUUCUAAUUUCAGAACGAGGUUUAACAAGAAUGAUCACAGCUUUGGUGUUGUAGACAAUGUGACCUUGACAACAUUUUUCGUUUAUGUCUAUGACUUUCAGACCCCUCUGUGGAUUCAAAUAUCAUUUUCACAGUAUCCUAAGUUAAACCUCCAGCAGUUCUUCAUUACUUUCUCAUCAUGUUUCCUGCUCCUUCUGCUCGUUGCUGCUGUUCUCUGGAAGAUCAAACAAAAGUACGACAUGUAUCGCAGGAGACAGAGGCUAUUCGUUGAAAUGGAACAAAUGGCAAGUAGGCCAUUCUCUCAGGUUUUGGUGGAGAUUGAAAAGAGAGAUUCUACAACUCCUACUACCAACUCUAAAAAGAAACAGGAAUGCCCCAGCCCUAUUGCGUUGGAACCGUGUUCAGGGAAUCGUGCGGCUGUUCUUUCUCUGUUGGUGCGUCUUCCAACUGGAGGAGCUCCCUAUACCCCGUAUGGGCAAUCAGCUGGUCUUGCGAUCGCCUCUGCCCUGGUGACUCUUGGCAAUCCAAGGAAAGUGAGUAUAGAAGCAGUAACAAAGAACGAUGGAAAGUCAAAGAGCAGGAAAACUGUGUCGAGCCAACAUCCUGACUCCUGUAUAUAA